AUGGAAAGACACAAGAGGCAUCACAAGGACGACAGCAAAAAUGAAGACGACCUUAUCAGUGAUUUAUCCGGUUGCGUUCUCCAUCUCAUACUCUCCUUUUUAAACGCCAAAGAGGCCGUUCAAACUUGUAUUUUAUCCAAAAGAUGGAUCAAUCUCUGGAAGACUCUUCCCACGCUUACCUUAAGUUCUUCAAACUUUAGGACCCAAAGAAGUUUGGAACAAUUCGUGUAUCAUAUUUUGUCGCUUCGAGAUCACUCAACAGCUAUCCAUACUCUCUGCUUGCAGUUGCACUACAAUCAUUUUAUGGGGAUUAGCCUAUACCGAAUGAUUAUAGAAUAUGCUUUUUCACACAAUGUCCAACAGUUUCGAAUCAGUUAUGCUAUUAUUGAAGACCUUCCACCACGCUUCUUUUCAUCUCAUACUUUAACGUCCCUUCAUCUUUCUAGUAGUUUUUUGUUACACUCUGGCUCGAUGCAAAUAUUUCCAAAUUUUCUCAAUUUCCCAGCAUUAACCACUUUGUCUCUAAAGUACGUUGCCUUUCGUCGCAGCACAAGUUAUGGCCGUUGCACCACCUUCCACAAUUGUGUCGACCCCUUUUCCGCAUUUAACAUGUUGGAUACUUUGAUCAUUGACUGCUGUGUACUUCUGGAUGCACGAAACCUUUGCAUUUCAAGUACCAAGCUUCUCAGUUUAACUAUAUGUAUGUAUGAUGGUGAUCCUAGGGACAAUUUCAGAACCUAUUUCGGAAUUGAGUUAUAUGCUCCAACUGUUCAUACCUUUAAUUAUAGUUGUGGUCAAUAUAUUCCAAAACUUGUUGGGAGCAAGAGCGUUCUCUCUUCUAUCAAACAUGUAAAUAUUCAUUCAUCGCGUUAUAUGGGAUCAGGGGAGAAAUCAUCAAUUAUAUUCAACUGGCUGGUUGAACUUGCUAAUAUCGAAUCAUUGACCAUCAAUUUCUUUGCCCUUACGGAUAUUUUCUUAUUUCCUGAUUUAUUGAAGAUUAAGCUCCCUUCCUUGUUGUGUAACUUGAAGUCACUGAAAAUAAAAGUGUUCCAACCUAUAAGCAUACCUGCCGAAACAGUGGACUUUUUGCUUCAAAACUCACGAUCGGCAAAGGUUGUUGGUGAUGUGGUUCCUCAACUUCAUGCUAGGCUUCCUUUGACAGAUUGA